AUGCGGCAAAUUACCCAGCAAUUGGCCGCUACGCAGCUUGCCGUGGCCAGUCUAUCCCGUGACGAAUCGGUGCUGGAUUCCCUGUCCAGUAACAUGGCGGAGUUUAUCUACGACAAGGAAAACAGGCAUACGUUCGAUGCGUGGUUUUCCCGCUAUGUUGAUCUUUUCGACAAAGAUACCGGCAAGCUGGAUGACGCUGCAAAAGUGCGAUUACUCCUGCGGAAAUUAAGCCCACCCGACUUCGAGCGCUACAACAGAUUCAUACUUCCGAAGCUUGCUCGAGAAUUCACCUUCUCUGAGACGGUGGAAAAGCUUAAAUCGCUGUUCGGUGCUACAGUGUCAAUAUUCCGACGGCGAUACAACUGCUUGCAGACCACUAAGGAGGAUGGUGACGAUUAUUUGGCCUACUCUUGCAAGGUAAACAAAGCCUGUGUCUACUUCAAGCUAUCGGAGUUAACAGAGGAACAAUUUAAGUGCCUUAUUCAUGUAUGUGGUCUUAAAUCCAAGCAAGAGGCGGAGAUUCGAAUGCGCCUUAUAAACAAAUUCAACGAAUCGGCAGACCUGACCCUGCAACAGAUUGUAGAGCAAUGUAAUGGCUUGGUCAAUUUGAAACAGGACACCGUGAUGGUCGAAGGUAGUUCAUCGUCAGUGAAUGCUGUUGCGUUCCCGAAGCGAACAUCGUCGAAGUGGCAUUCAUCUUCGGAUAGCAGCAAGAACCGAGAUCUUCAAAAGCACUUCAAUAAGGAUUGCCGGUUUAAAGACCAUAGGUGCAACGAAUGUGGGAAGCACGGACAUCGCGAGGGAUAUUGCACCUGCUUCUCGUCGUCAAGCAACUUGGCCAGCCACUCUGACAAAAAAAAGAAGAAGAAGAACAAGCGACAGCCAUUUUCGAAAAUAGUAUCCGUCCGGAGCAUCGACCAGCGCAGGAAAUUCGUCGAGCUGCAGCUUAACAACGUUCCUCUUCGUCUUCAGUUGGACACAGGCUCCGACAUAUCGAUAAUUUCACAACGGUCCUGGGCUAGGAUCGGUCGGCCAAAAGCGAAAUCAACCGAAUGCAGUGCCAAAACUGCGUCAGGGGAACCGCUCGAGCUUGUUGUGGAAUUGGAGUGCAGUAUCACCCUCAACGGCAUCACGCGAGAGGGCAUAGACUGGAUGGAUUUGUUCGGAUUGUGGAAUCAUCCGAUUGUGUCGUUCUGUAACCAGGUCGCUGCGCAAUCAGAUCAACGUGUGGCGACCCUUCAAGGUCAGUUUCCCGAAGUCUUUACAAAUGAGAUGGGACUAUGCAACAAAACUCUCGUCAAGCUGGUUCUCAAGGGCAGUCCCAAGCCGGUAUUCAAACCAAAGCGGCCGGUAGCUUACGCUAUGGAGCGUCUUGUGGAAGACGAGCUGUUUCGCCUGCAAACCCUUGGCAUCCUGAGGAAGGUGGAUUUAAGCGACUGGGCGUCACCGAUCGUCGCAGUACGGAAGCCAAAUGGUACCGUCCGUAUAUGUGCCGACUUCUCGACUGGUCUCAACAGCGUCCUUGAGCCGAACCAGUAUCCAUUACCACUGCCCGAGGAUAUUUUCGCGAAGAUGGCCAACUGUCGGAUUUUUAGUCACAUUGACUUAUCCGACGCGUACCUACAGGUAGAGGUGGAUCCAGUCAGCCAACCGCUGCUCACCAUAAACACACAUAAAGGCCUCUUCCAAUUCACGCGCCUGUCACCCGGCAUCAAGUCAGCCCCGGGCGCGUUCCAACAAUUGAUGGAUACAAUGUUGGCUGUGCUGAACUGUACUGUUGGUUACCUCGACGACAUUUUGGUUGGUGGUCGCAACGAAGAAGAGCAUCGACGCAAUCUGCAACUAACCCUCGCACGGCUCAAAGAGUACGGGUUCACUGUGCGGAUUGAAAAAUGUAGUUUUGGCAUGCAGCAGGUCAAAUAUCUAGGACAACUCCUGGAUGGUAAAGGAAUCAGGCCAGAUCCCGACAAGACCGCUGCGAUCGUCAGUAUGCCGCCACCACAUGAUGUUUCUACGCUUCGCUCCUACUUGGGGGCCGUGAAUUGUCACGGCAAAUACGUCAAUGAAAUGCGUACGCUACGACAUCCGAUGGAUCAGUUGCUGAAAGCUGGGGCAAAAUUUGAAUGGACACCAGCUUGCCAAGCUUCAUUUGAUCGAUUUCAAGAAAUACUCCAGUCGCCGUUAUUGCUUACCCACUACAACCCAAAGCUGGGUAUCAUCGUGUCUGCGGACGCGUCUGCAUUUGGGCUGGGAGCUCGAAUCGCACAUAAACUUCCUGACGGGACGGUCAAAGCCAUUUGUCACGUGUCUCGAAGUCUGACGUCAGCCGAAGGCCACUACAGUCAGAUCGAAAAGGAAGGUUUGUCGCUAGUGUUCGCCGUUACCCGUUUUCAUCGAAUGUUGUUCGGUCGGAAGUUCAUCCUCGAAACCGACCACAAACCGCUGCUUGCUAUUUUUGGGUCAAAAAAUGGGAUUCCCACAUAUACGGCAAAUCGUUUGCAAAGAUGGGCAUUGACACUGCUCCUCUACCAGUUCGAUAUUCGAUACGUCUCAACGGAAAGUUUUGGUUAUGCGGAUAUUUUAUCCCGAUUGAUCAACUGA